UGGCGGGCGACGCGGGCUCCUGGCUGGAGAAAGGCGGCAGCCCGCCGGGCUGAGUCGGGAGCCGGCGGGCCAGACUUGCCCGGGAAGGGCGAGCGGGGCGAAGCCGGUUGUCACAGUACGGCGCAGCGACCCGGGAGCCUCGCCUCCAAGCGCGCGCCACCGGAGAUCGCAGCCACCCGCCGGCCCUUCUGGGAUGUCCGAGGGACCCCGGCAUCCAGGACGGUGACGGAGCGAGCCCGAGGAUGGGACGGUGCCCGCAGCUCCGGCUCGUGAAGGCCCUUCUCCUCCUGGGGCUGAACCCUGUCUCCACCUCCCUUCAGAACCAGCGCUGUGAGAACCUGUCCCUGGCCAGCAACAUUUCUGGCCUGCAGUGCAACACCUCAGUGGAUCUCAUUGGCACCUGCUGGCCCAGGAGCCCUGCAGGGCAGUUGGUGGCUCGGCCCUGCCCUGCCUUUUUCUAUGGAGUACGCUAUAACACAACAAACAAUGGCUACCGACAGUGCCUAGCCAAUGGCAGCUGGGCUGCCCGAGUGAAUUACUCCGAGUGCCAAGAGAUUCUCAAUGAGGAGAAGAAGAGCAAAGCACAUUACUACAUUGCCGUCAUCAUCAACUACCUGGGCCACUGCAUCUCCCUGGUGGCCCUCCUGGUGGCCUUUGUCCUCUUUUUGCGACUGAGGAGCAUCCGGUGCCUGCGCAACAUCAUCCACUGGAACCUCAUCUCAGCCUUCAUCCUUCGCAAUGCCACGUGGUUCGUGGUCCAACUCACCAUGAGCCCUGAGGUCCACCAGAGUAAUGUGGGCUGGUGCAGGUUGGUGACAGCAGCUUACAACUACUUCCACGUGACCAACUUCUUCUGGAUGUUUGGUGAGGGCUGCUACUUGCACACAGCUAUCGCGCUCACCUACUCCACUGACCGUCUACGCAAGUGGAUGUUUGUCUGCAUUGGCUGGGGUGUACCUUUCCCCAUCAUUGUGGCCUGGGCCAUCGGGAAGCUGUACUACGACAAUGAGAAGUGCUGGUUUGGCAAACGACCUGGGGUGUACACCGACUACAUCUACCAGGGCCCCAUGAUCCUGGUCCUGCUGAUCAACUUUAUCUUUCUCUUCAACAUCGUCCGCAUUCUCAUGACCAAACUCCGGGCAUCCACCACGUCUGAGACCAUUCAGUACAGGAAAGCUGUGAAGGCCACUCUGGUGCUGCUGCCCCUCCUGGGCAUCACCUACAUGCUGUUCUUUGUCAAUCCUGGGGAGGACGAGGUCUCCCGGGUUGUCUUCAUCUACUUCAACUCCUUCCUAGAGUCCUUUCAGGGCUUCUUCGUGUCUGUGUUCUACUGUUUUCUCAACAGUGAGGUCCGCUCUGCCAUCCGGAAGAGGUGGCACCGGUGGCAGGACAAGCACUCGAUCAGAGCCCGUGUGGCUCGUGCCAUGUCCAUCCCCACCUCUCCUACCCGGGUCAGUUUCCACAGCAUCAAGCAGUCCACAGCAGUCUGAGCUACAGGCUACACAGCAGUCCCUGAGACCUGAGAUUUGGGAGAUGAUGCAAGCUCACCAGUGAGCCUGUCUGCAAAGGCAGCCAGCAUUCCCACUCUUACACCUGAGCCAUAGAUCUGAGCACCUGGGAAGGCCUGCCCCUGCCCAGCAGUGGACAAUAACUCAGCACUGGGCUGGGCCCAGGGCCUCUGGCUCCCUGCUGCCAGAGGGUGGGAACCCUGCAGCAGCUUGCUGGGGUGGGGGUGGCAAGAGCUGUCUUCUUUCAGAGCAGCCCACUGAAGAUCUGGAGUCCUCAGUAGCUAUAAGCCACUCACUACCCCCAGGGCAUCAUGGGAAACUUGUAUCUGAGCAUCAUGAUACCUUUGGACACUACUGAGAACCAGCACUACAUGAUCUGGUCAGCACCCCUGGAGGAUAGCAUUAGGAAUCUGGUGACAUCAUCAGAUAUCACUCCACUCCCUAGAAGCCACUCCUGAGCCACCAAAAUGUCAUCAGCUCUGUGGCACUGCCAAUUGGAAGCCCUGCUUUGCUGCCUUGAACCCUUAGACUUUUACUAUCUUGCAGGCCACUCUAGCUUUCCUUCACUUAUCUACUGACAGCAACAGUCCCCUCACCCUGACUCCUGCCACCUCCUGUCUCUGGGCAUCUUCUGAUUUGUGGGAAGAUGGGGCUGAGUUGCAAGCUCACCAAUUGUCUGUGAGGAAGAACCAGCGUGUGCCCAGCCUUCAAGGAAGGAGAGGGCCCUGGGACCCCAGGCUGCUGGCUUCGGUGGCUGGCCUCUGGGACAGGCUCACAAAGUUAUAUCCUGGGAAGGCUAACUUGGCAGACCCCUUACUCCUAGGCAUGGGAUGGCCUAGCCCUCACCAUGUCAGUAGUCUAGGCAGCCACAGCAGGACUGGGGUGGGAGUGAUAUAAAUAUUUAUCUUUUCAACUA